CCUUCAGGAGCCCCCACCCCGCCUCCUUCUCCUUCUCUUCCUCCUCCCCCCACCUCCCCCCCCCUUCUCCCCCCGCUGCUGCUGCUGCUCCGCAAUCGGGGAUAAAUCAGGGAAGCGGACACACGCACGGAGUGAGCGGGGAUCCGUUACAAAAGUAGCGCUGAUGGCGGCGGAUCGGAUGAAGCUGGAGCUGCUGCUGGAGUAACAGAGAGUGGAGUGCCUCUCUCGCUCUCUCCUCUCUUCCCCCUCUCCACCCACCGAUCUCCAUCGUUUCUCCUCCUCCUCCCCACCCUCGGCCGCGCUCCUUGCACAUCGCUGGGCUGUGCCAGGGGGCGGGCGGGGGCAGCGGAGGAGCCUUUAAAAACCGGCGGCCCCCCCACACCCGGCACGCACAAUAAUUGAAUUUAUUAUUAUUACCGUCUCGCCGACUUGGGGGGGAAAAAAAAAAGAGGGAUCGAUCUUCGAUCAGGAAGAUGGCUGCUGGCUGGCUGCUGGUCUUUAGCCUGACACUUUUCCAGUCCCUGGUGAUGAACCACUCCUCGGAGGGCCCGUUCCCUUCGCCCACCACGAUAAAAUCAUGGGUAGAUAAGAUGCAAGAAGACCUCAUAACAUUGGCACGAACUGCGAGUGGAGUGGAACAGCUUGCUGCGAUAUAUUUGAAAAACAAAGAUUUGUAUACUGUAGAAGCCAACAAUCCUCGUCAGCUAGUGGAAAUUGCAGCCAGAGACAUUGAAAAACUGCUGAGCAACAGAUCUAAAGCUUUGGUGCGCCUUGCUAAAGAAGCAGAGAAGUACCAAGCAUCACAUCAGUGGAGGGAUGAGUUUGGGAAUAAUGAUAUAAUCUAUUACAAUGCAAAAGAUGAUCAGAAUGAUCCUGAAAAGAAUGACACUGAAUCUGGCAGCCAGAGAAUCAGACCAGUAUUUGAAGAAGAUCCUGUUUUCCGAAGGCAAACGUCUUACCAACAUGCAGCAGUUCACAUACCAACAGAUAUUUAUGAAGGCUCAACAAUAGUGUUAAAUGAACUCAAUUGGACUGCAGCACUGGAUGAUGUAUUCAAGCGGAACAGAGAAGAAGACCCCACUUUAUUAUGGCAAGUUUUUGGUAGUGCAACUGGCCUCGCUAGGUAUUACCCAGCUUCCCCGUGGGUAGAUAAUAGUCGAACUCCAAACAAAAUAGAUCUGUAUGACGUUCGCAGACGACCAUGGUAUAUCCAAGGAGCUGCAUCUCCCAAAGACAUGCUUAUUUUAGUUGACGCGAGCGGGAGUGUCAGUGGAUUGACGCUGAAGCUGAUCCGCACGUCAGUCAUUGAGAUGUUAGAGACCUUGUCUGAUGAUGACUUUGUGAAUGUAGUUUCAUUUAACAACAAUGCUCAGAAUGUCAGUUGUUUUAAUCAUCUUGUCCAAGCUAAUGUGAGGAACAAGAAGAAGCUGAAGGAAGCUGUGGAUAAAAUCUCUGCUAAAGGAAUUACUGAUUACAAAAAGGGUUUUAGCUACGCUUUUGAACAGCUGCUGAAUCACAGUGUUUCUAGAGCUAACUGCAAUAAGAUUAUAAUGUUGUUUACGGAUGGCGGUGAAGAAAGAGCACAAGAAAUAUUCCAUAAAUACAAUGAAGACAAGAAAGUACGUGUGUUCACAUUUUCUGUUGGUCAACAUAAUUAUGACAAAGGACCUAUUCAGUGGAUGGCCUGUGAAAAUAAAGGCUAUUAUUAUGAAAUUCCAUCCAUUGGAGCCAUAAGAAUAAACACCCAGGAAUAUCUGGAUGUUUUGGGAAGGCCAAUGGUGUUAGCUGGAGAGAAAGCCAAACAGGUCCAAUGGACAAAUGUCUAUCUGGAUGCUCUGGAGCUGGGACUUGUGAUUACAGGAACUCUGCCUGUCUUCAAUCUAACAAAAGAACAAAACGGAAAAAUAAACCAGUUGAUUCUUGGAGUAAUGGGGGUUGAUGUCUCUCUGGAAGACAUAAAAAAGCUGACACCUCGAUUUACGCUUUGUCCAAAUGGAUACUACUUUGCAAUUGAUCCUAAUGGGUAUGUGCUACUUCAUCCAAAUCUUCAACCAAAGCAAAUUGGUGUGGGCAUACCAAAAGUUAAUUUGAGAAAAAGGAGACCCCAUGUACAGAAUCCUAAAUCCCAGGAGCCAGUAACACUGGAUUUUCUAGAUGCUGAACUGGAAAAUGAUAUUAAAGUUGAGAUUCGAAAAAAAAUGAUAGAUGGAGAAAGUGGAGAAAAAACAUUUGAAACUCUGGUCAAGUCCCAGGAUGAGAGAUACAUUGAUAAAGGAAAUCGAACAUAUACGUGGACCGCUGUGAAUGGCACUGAUUACAGUUUGGCAUUGGUGUUACCAUCAUACAGCUUUUAUUAUAUUAAAGCUAAAAUAGAAGAACCAAUAACUCAAGCCAGAUAUUCAGAAACACUGAAGCUUGAUAAUUUUGAUGAAGCUGGCUAUACGUUUCUAGCACCAAGAGAAUAUUGUACUGAUGUAAAGAAAUCAGAAAACAACACUGAAUUUUUAUUAAAUUUCAAUGAGUUUAUUGAUAGAAAUACUCCAAGCAGUCCAUCAUGUAAUACUGAUAUGGUCAUUAGAGUUCUGCUGGAUGCAGGAUUUACAAAUGAACUUGCCCAAAAUUAUUGGAGUAAACUGUAUCUUGAUGGAGUUGUUGCACAGUUUGUUGUUACGGAUGGUGGAAUUACCAGAGUGUUCCCCAAAAGGGCAGGAGAAGAUUGGUUGGAAAAUGCAGAAACUUAUGAAGUCAGUUUCUAUAAACGAAGUUUAGAUAAUGACAACUAUAUUUUCACAGCUCCCUACUACAACAAAAGCGGUGCCAAUAGCUAUGAAUCAGGUAUUAUGGUAAGCAAGGCAGUGGAAAUUACAAUUAAUGGAAAACUUCUGAAACCUGCAGUUGUUGGAAUAAAAAUUGAUGUAACCAGAUGGAUGGAAAAUUUCACAAAAACCACAAUCAAGAGCCUGUGCAACAGUGAAAUCUGUGGCUGUGAAAAAAAUAGUAUGCAUGUGGACUGUGUUAUCCUUGAUGAUGGUGGAUUUCUUCUGAUGUCAAAUCGGGAUGAAUAUACCCAACAGAUUGGAAGAUUCUUUGGUGAAAUUGACCCUGGCUUGAUGAGAAACUUAAUUAACAUGUCCCUGUAUGCCUUUAACAAGUCGUAUGACUAUCAAUCAGUCUGUGAUCCUGAAGAAGAACCAAAGCAAGGAGCUGGACUUCGUUCAGCUUAUGUGCCUACAAUAGCAGAUAUUUUGCAUCUAGGAUGGUGGGCUUCGGCAGCUGCCUGGUCUAUCUUACAGCAGCUGUUUUUGAGCUUGACUUUCCCACGUUUCCUUGAGGCAGCUGAUAUGGAAGAUGAUGAUUUUUCUACUGCUCUGCCUAAAACAAGUUGUAUCACUGAGCAAACUCAGUAUUUCUUUGAAAAUGAUGAUAAAUCUUUUAUUGGGAUUGUAGACUGCAUCAACUGUUCAAGACUUUAUCAUGCAGAGAAGAUUUCAAACACCAAUCUAGUAUUCAUUAUUAGUGACAGCCAACUGCUAUGCCGCUCCUGUGAUCCAAAGCCACUGAUGCAAGCAGAGAAGCCGGAUGAAGGGCCAAAUCCUUGUGAAAUGGUCAAACAGCCCAGAUACAGAAAAGGUCCUGAUGUCUGUUUUGAUGAAGCCAAACAGGAUCAGCCUAUAUGCACAACGAGUCGUGCCUCUGCCAUGACGUCUGCUCCUAUCUUCAUUUUUCUGCAAGUUUUCAUGUGGUGUGGAUGGAAGAUUCAGCUGACUGUGGUGGUGCCUCUGGUCUGAGUCCAUCACUGUGGUCUAUGGUAGGAAUUCAGUUGGUCCUGCUUUGGCUCUUAUCUGGCAGCAGACACUACCAGUUAUGACCUUGCUAAGACAAAACCUGCAUAACUUAAUCAAGAUCCGGCCAAAAUGAUAGCCUCAAUUUCAUUUUAAAAAGGGUCAGCUAUUCAGACAGAAGCAGAACAGCAAUGCUCAUGUCUGGUUAUCACGCAUUGUGAGAUUCAUAAAGGCACUCAAAGUGGCUGCAUAUUGGAGUGUCAAUCCUUAAACGUAUGUGAAUGCUGCAUCAUCUCUGCCACCCGAACAGAAUUCCGUACAUGCUUCAUUGGGGAAUCUAAGAUUUUUUUUCAUUUAUUUGUUGUUGUAAUCUUGAUGACUUCAUGUAAAAGGGCUCCCCUGACCAUAGCUUAUGUAUAUGAUUUUCAUUUAUUUUAAGCUUUGGAUUUCUUGAAGAUUUAUAUUCUUUUACAUGAACAUUUAUUUAUGAAAGAAAAAAAGAAAAAAAAAAGAGAGUAUACUCCCAGUAUACAUUGCUAGCACCACGAUGGCUGCUUUGAACAUCAGGCUCGUCCAAACUGUUUGAGUAAAAUGAAAAUGUUGGCUAGUCUUCAUCAGAAGCUCAGCAUGAUUGAAAUGCUGUAUGAGUGGUUUAUUCUUCCAAAGUUAAUCAGAACAGGUAGCUGGCAAUAUUUGGGUUGGCUCAUAAUUUAUUAGUUUAAAGAAAAGAAUGGAGAAAGGAGGAAACUACUAUUUUUAAAAAAUAUAAAGAUGCUUGAGAGUGUAAUUUAAAAUUCUUUUAAUCUUGGUGUCAUCUUUUAUCAGAAGAAUAAUAAUUCACCUCCUUUUCACAAUGCCAGAUAUACAUAUAGACUAGUCAAGUCCUUCAAAGAUUUAAAAAAAGACUUGUGAAUACUAACAAAAAAAAAAAUUAUAUGUGAUAUUUGAACGUUGGUUUCCAAGGGUAUUUUGCAUGAUGAUGAUGCUGCGUUACUGUUUUUCAGUUAGUUUUCUUUGAUGGUAGAGUGUAGUCCAUUGCAAAGGUAACUGAGUGGUUCUUUUAUUAUGUGAGAAACUGAACAUUGCAAUGUGUUGCAAUCAAAUCAUAUUAAAUUAUAUUAUGAAAUAGAGCUCUGAAUAUACUGUGCAAUGAAAAGCUGAGAAAAUAGGGUAAACUUAGCUAUCAUAACAAAAAAGUUGAGUUGGAUUUUUUUACAUAAUAGUGAUCUCACAUUAAAACCUGUGUACAGAUAUUUUAAGUAUAUAAAAAUCAGAUUUUGCAUAUUUAUUUUUGAAAGUAUAUGUUCACUAAGGUUCAUAUCAGGUUCCCCCUUUGUUUGCUUUAAAAUUCAUCCAGACUAUUAAAAUUAUACUGUUGCUAUUUAUUAUUGAAAAUAACAAAAUUAACGGCAAAAUUACCUGGUUUCUGAGAUUGGGAAAAAUCUAAACAAAUGGGGAGCCUUGAAUCUGUAUGUAUGCACAUUGAUACUUGAUUGUGAAUAAUAAUUUUAGAAGUUGUUUUUAUACAAUCUCAUUUGUGAUACAGAUUGGUGCAGUAAAUUGCAAUAUUACAGUGUAUCAUAGUGUUGAUGCAAAAUAUGAUUUGUGCUUUUUUCUAGUUUUCAGAACUAAACAGUAUUGCAAGACAGCUAAACCAAUGAAUGUGCAACUCUGCUGAUAUUGUAUAAUUCUGCUAAAAACUGCAAUAUGCAAAUAUUAACAUGGCACAAUAUACUAGCUCUGUAAAAAAUUAAGAAAAUUCAAAGCAUUGGUAUGUGUUUGCUGACAAUUGAUUGAUAUAACUUUGAUCAUGUCAAAAGCUUAAAGAAACAAUUGGGCAUGCAUUAAUACCCUAUGAAACAUGAAGAAGCUACUCAAAGCCAUGGCAUGGCUUAAAAGAUCGGAUGUCUACUCUAGUUGUACCCACGGCUGGUUUGUUGUUUUCCUCAUGAACCUUGGCUCCAGCAAUGUAUUUUCUCAUCUCUGGAAGAACAAUGAGUGAAAACAGUAAAAGCUGACCUUCUGUUCAGUAAUAAAUUUUAGUUUUAAAAAAUACCUCUUGUACAGUCAUGGGGUCUAAAUUACAGUCAACUCUGUCGGAUGACUUCAGGUCCUCCUCAAGCAAGGUGAGCUAAUGUUAAAGCUAUGAGUAAAGGUAAUCUUGCAACCCUUCUUCCAGUUAUAUCACUGCACUUUUUAUUAAAAAACAAAAUAACAACAAAAAAAAUCCAAUAAUAAUUGUUUGAGUCUUUCUAAUCCUUAAACUCUAUUCUGCAUUUUUUCCUUAACAUGGUCAAAUGGAAUCAUAUGAAGGAACAAGGUUUGUAGGAUUAAGCCAAUUCGUAAUAAGCUUGUUUGAUUUUACUUUAAGAUUAGCUAAAAUACACAUUACUUUGCAUCUUGCCCUUUUAAUUUCUUGAAUGAUUGCCAGUAAAAGAAGUGCUAUACAUUUUCCACUUAGCUACCCAAAAGAAACCCUUCAUGGAAAUGUUACAUUACUGAGAUGUUAGAAUAAUUUGGUUAUACGAGUGACUCGUAUUCUGAGUUAGUUAAUAAACAUUUGAUGAGGGUCUGUAGGAAGGAAGAAAGAUAGUACAAACUAUAAUGCCACAGAAACCAAGUGGGAUUUUUGAUCUCAUUCCACUUCCCCUAGAGAGCUCACAUAUAAAAAGGAGGGAGAAGUCCAUGCAAUGCAGAUACAUUAUCCUUUUUGGUCUAUCCAGAAAGGGAAAUACUCUUUGUUCCUCUCCUGUGCCCCUCUCUAGGACUUGAAGAAUCAUUUCUUUAUAUACACCUAGCCUUUUAGCCAUUAAACCUGUCUGAUAGAAAACUCAGGAUUUUGGUUAUAUGGAAGUGACUUAUCUAUAAAAUACAAAGCACCAAAACACCACAAAGCAAAUGCAGUGUGAAUGUUAGCUAUCUCAAAGUGUGAAGAACAGUCUGUUAGAAAUAUCUUCCAUGAAUAACUAAUUCUUAUGCAGAAGAAUAUCCUUACUCUCACAUAAUGUGUAGUAGUCAACUUCUCUUUGUAAGAAAAGAAACUUGAUCCUAGGCUUGAAAUUGAAACAUUUUCAAAUUAUAAUAUGCUGUAAAAAGUUUUUUUGAAGUCAUAUAAUAAACUAUAUUGGUAUUUGUUCAGAUCCUUUAAAUAGCACUAAGGGACAGAGAUAAACUGCUGUUUUCAUUUGCACAGAAGUUUCAAUUUCAAAUUAUAAUAUGCUGUAAAAAGUUUUUUUGAAGUCAUAUAAUAAACUAUGUUGGUAUUUGCUCAGAUCCUUUAAAUAGCACUAAGGGACAGAGAUAAACUGCUGUUUUCAUUUGCACAGAAGUCAUGUGGCCUACUGUACGUCUGAUAAAUAACCACCAUUAAAGUUCUCACAGUGUGGUACUGUACAAGUGUGAUCUGAAGACUUAACAUGAAAGGUUUCUUCUUUUCUUUCCCUUUUGUUUGUUUAAACAACCAGCAUUACUGCCAAGACACUAACCGUGGUCCAUAUUUGUAUCAGGUUUUUAACAUGACAUAGCAGGUUUGAUUGACAAGAUUUUUAGGUCCUGUAUCAUUAAGACUUUAGUAUGAUAUUUUUCAUGUUUCUAAUGCUUGAGGCUUUACUGCUUGACUUGACAAAAAAAAAAAAA